AUGGAAGAAGUAUGUGGCAUCGAGCGUGGUUCAUAUAUAUGGGGCAGGAGCGUUCACAACAUCCAGAUUGAAUGCCUUUGGGUGGAUGUGACAAAUGGCCUAGGGCAGAAGUGGAAGGAAUUUUUCCAGGGACUCAAAGCCUAUGACAACCUCGAUGUGAACAAUGAUUCACACCUGUGGUUACUCCAUUUCCUAUUCCUCCCUUUAAUUAACGAUGAUCCCCAUCGGUCACCCCAUGAUCUAUUUGUCCAAGGCAUCAUUGAGCAUGGGCAUCGAGGGGUGUUCAUUGAGUCGGGUAAGGACCAGGAGGUAGACAAUAUUGUCAGCUAUGUCAUUGACUGGAAUGACUUGGAUGACCAGAGUCUACUGGCUCAUCACAAUACUCACAAUCCUGAGGACGGUGAUUCAACCAAUCCAUUUGUAUCAAAUCAUCCUGAUUCUGAUCUAUCCCAUGUCAAGGUUCCUGAGUCCCAUUGUCCAUUUACUGACACUCAACUUCAAUUUUUUCUCUCUGAUCCAUCAAGUCAAUUAUGGUGA